GAUCCUUUGCGAGGGUUCCCGUUUCUGCAGGGUUUUGGCUUCGACUGGACAUCCAGCUGUUGCGUGUCGCCGGGAUGAGGGCAGCUGUGUGGAUUGUUCUGGCUGCUUGCUGUGCUGCCGGUGCGCGGAACUGUGGGAACGUCGCGCUCCGAGGAAAGGCCACCCAGUCAAGCACGUCCUCUGGCGGAGUCGCAGACAGGGCCAUCGACGGGAAUCGGAAUCCUUAUUACUUCAACCAUUCGUGCACUCACACCAAAUCGGAAUCGCAUCCGUGGUGGAGCAUUGACCUGUUCCAAGAGGAAUACGUGCUGGUGGUGAAGAUCACCAACAGGGCCGACUGCUGUUGGGAUCGCUUCCAGAACGCAGUGGUCCGUGUCGGCACGUCCCCCUAUCUGCGCAACAAGAACUGUGUCUGUGGGAUGAUCAGUCAACUGGGAUGCGGAGAGACCGCUGUCCUGAACUGUAAAGGGAUGCUCGGUCAGUUUGUCAGCGUGACCCUGAGCGGCGUCGGCAUCCUGACCAUGUGCGAGGUCGAGGUUUAUGUGGUUAGCUGAGACGGGAGGCGCCGAUCAAUAAAACUGUGAAGCAUCCACA